UAGGGUUAAUAGCAUUUUCCCACCUAGACUUUGCCCGUUUUUGCACUUUCCCACCUCAACUAAAAAAAGUUGCACGGCGGCACCCAAACAUUCAUUUUUUACGCACAUAACCACCUGGAGGGAAUAUUCCGGCGAAUAUUCUCAUUUUUCAACGCACGCGCGGUGCACAUGCGAAAAUACAAGGGUUUUUUCGUCUUUUUACUUGAAAAUAUUAUAAGGGGUGAAAUUGAAAGUACCAGGGAUUCAAUUGAACUUAAUUUGAAACUUUCACAAGUUCCACCCAUCAUCUUCUUCAGCCCACCGCCGUCCGCCACCCGCCGCCUCUUAUUCGCCGUCCGCCGCCUCUAUCUCCAUUAAUAUGAACGCGAAACUCCGAUUUUAAGCAAGCAAAAACACACACUGAAGGUGUAUCUCUGUGUGUAUUCAUCAAUUUCUUCUUCGCUCUUCCAUUCAUCUCUUAUCAGUGAAGAAUCAACUAAAAUCAAUGGGCGAGGAAGCGAAGAAGCCGACGGAGGAAAAGAAACCGGAGGAAGCGAAAAAACCGGCGGAGGAAGAGAAGAAAGAGGCGGCGGCGGCGGCGGCGGCGGAGAAGCCAGCUGAAGAUGGGAAGAAAGAGGAGAAGAAAUCCGACGAGACUAAGGCGGCGGCGGCGCCGCCGCCGCCUCCUCCGCCGCAGGAAAUCGUCCUUAGGGUUUUCAUGCACUGCGAGGGCUGCGCUAGAAAAGUCCGCCGGUGCCUCAAAGGCUUCGAAGAGGCGGCGGGUGGCGGACGGCGGUGGGCUGAAGAAGGACGGCGGUGGGCUGAAGAAGAUGAUGGGUGGAACUUGUGAAAGUUUCAAAUUAAGUUCAAUUGAGUCCCUGGUACUUUCAAUUUCACCCCUUAUAAUAUUUUCAAGUAAAAAGACGAAAAAACCCUUGUAUUUUCGCAUGUGCACCGCGCGUGCGUUGAAAAAUGAGAAUAUUCGCCGGAAUAUUCCCUCCAGGUGGUUAUGUGCGUAAAAAAUGAAUGUUUGGGUGCCGCCGUGCAACUUUUUUUAGUUGAGGUGGGAAAGUGCAAAAACGGGCAAAGUCUAGGUGGGAAAAUGCUAUUAACCC